UUUUCGUCGUGUAAGGUAUUCUACACAACAGAUUGAAUUAGCUCUUUCUUAUGUGUGUGUGUGAGUGUAAAAUGUCAAGCAGAGUCCGGGUGUGGCUGUGGCUGGGACUGAUGACGGUGCAGACCUUCCAGACUGUGGCCUACCUUGGAUCAAGUUUCAAAUUCUUUAGCGAGAUGAAGGACAUUAGAUUUGACCUGGAGAUUAUAUUUUCACUAUCAACAUGGAGUCCUUUGGACUGUUCCAGGAAGUGUGAGACCAAUGGUACAUGUCUGUCCUUUCAGUACUCCUCUCUGAGUGGUCAAUGUCGACUGUUCAAUACCAUUUUUCUACAUCAGGAUGCUGGAGUGUACGACAUCGGAUGGCAGUAUUAUAUUGCAUCUAAUCGGCGCUGUAGAAAGCCGUAUAUAGAUGGUCGAGACUUGGACAUAUGCUUUACGUUUGCCGGUUUUCAUAAUCUGACAGAAGCUAAGGCGAAAUGUGCGACAAUCCAGUCAAGUUUCAUCUCUAUCACAUCAGCCAAGGAGAACGAGUUUCUUACCAGAUUAGUUGGUACCCUGUUAAAUAUUCCCUUCCCAGAUACCAGUUACACGCGGCCAUUCAUUCAGGGAUUCUGGGACGGAACUGACUGGAUCUUGGACAAUGGAACCUCGUUAGUGUACACAAACUGGGGCGUAAACCAGCCAAAGAAACUCAAUAUGAAAAAAUACUUAAAAUUACAGGAUGGGAAAUGGCAUACGAUAAUUGGUUCAAAAGUUCGACCAGUUUUUUGUAGUUAUGUACAAUAAAUGACAUUUAAAAAAUGA